UGGCUCUGGCUCGUGUUUAUCUAUUUUAGCUCGUUUUCUGCUAAAUUAAACUGAAAAUUAAACAGUGAAAGAUGGCGAUCGACAACGCGAAGCUCUCCAAAAACCUGCUCCGGAUGAAGUUCAUGCAGAGGGGACUUGACGCAGAGACAAAGAAACAGCUGGAGGAGGACGAAAGGAGGAUCAUCAGUGACGAGCACUGGUACCUGGACCUGCCCGAACUCAAGACCAAAGAAAACCUGAUUGCUGAGGAGAAGAGCAUCGUUCCCUGUGAGGAUCUGAGAUACGGGCGGGUCUCAUUUAUGGGGUUUAACCCAGAAGUCGAGAAGUUGAUGGCUGUGAUGAAUCCUAAAGAGGAGACUGAGGAGGACGAGGAGGAGGAAGACUUCAGGAAAAUGCAAACAGACGUCACAGAUGAAGACAUGGCCCUCAGGUACGAGAGUUUGGUGAGCAGCAUGAAGAAAAAGUUUGCAAAGAAAAGAGAGAGAGCCGCCAUUGAUGAGGAUUUAAACCAGAACGUCACAAGCACAAAGAGAGUCUUUUUGAAACCUCAGGACUGAACCAAAAACAUGAUUUUUUUUAUGUGAAACUGAAAAUAAGUUUUUUUAAGGACUGUGAUUGUACAGUUUAUGAAUGGGUAUUAUAUAUCCCCAUUUUUAAAAGAUGUGGAUGAACUGCAGUGUUUCUGUGAUGGACACAUUAAAUGAACAUAGGACACUUUUCUCAUUGAGUUUUGAGCAGAUCUUUGGUUUGGGCUUUGGCAUCAAGUUGAGUUUUAAAGGUAAAAGCUCCAGGAUUCCUUUUUAUUCUCUUAAGUAAAUUUACAAGUUGGGAAGGGGAAUGUGUUUCUCUAUAGGAUCCAGAAUACACAAUGCUUUCU